AUGUUUCGCCGCGGAAAACUAUCCUUUUUGAGCACCAAAGACGAUCGCAUCAAAAUAAUAAACGAACGGAUCAAUAUUACAGAACGCCAUUUAAUGGAGAUGUGCUCAGCCUUCGCUUUGGUAACAAGAAAGAUGGCCAAAUAUCGCGACUCCUUCGAUGAGUUGGCCAAGAAUGUAAAGAGUUAUGCAGACGAUGAGGAAAUCAACGAGAGUCUUUCUAAUGGACUUAAGAGCUUUACUAAUGCGGUUACCAUUAUGGGCGAUUAUAUGGACAUCAACGUACACCGGUUGGAACAUAAGAUUGUCAACGAGCUGGCGCAAUUCGAGCAGCUUUGCAAGUCGACCAGGGACAAUCUUCGUCUGGCUGUUAUAGCUCGGGACAAGGAGGUUCUACGUCAGCGCCAGAUGUUGGACUUAAAGUCAAAGUUUUCAGCGAACAAUAGUGCCGCCGAUUCGGAGCUUUUCAAGGCCAAAAUGGAGGUACAGCGCACCAACAAGGAAAUCGACGAUAUCAUCGGGAAUUUCGAGCAGCGAAAGUUGCGUGACAUAAAGCAGAUAAUCAGCGACUUUAUACUGAUCUCCAUGAAGCAGCACACCAAAGCUUUGGAGGUGCUGAGCGCAAGUUACUAUGACAUAGGAAGCAUCGAUGAGCGCGACGAUUUCCUGGAGUUCCAGAAACUGAUGAAAACCAAGGAGGAGCCCACGCCUCGCAAGGCGGCCUUAAAGAAGGGCCUGCGCUCCCAAUCAAUGGAUAGUUUGGAGCACGAGCACCUUGUUAGUCCGCUUAAGAGGCGUCAGAAACUAUCGAGGAGCACCAAAAAUCUGGCAGGAGCGGGAAUCAAUCACGGCAGUAGGACAGAGCCCGAAGAGGAAACAGAUGAGCAGGAUGAGGAGGAUGAUGAUGACGAAGACGAGGAAACCGAUCAAAGUGGCGAUGAGGAGGAAUCAGGAACAGCAACAGACGAUGAAAGGGGGGAGCCCACCCAGCCGAGCAGCCAGGUCACUCCCCGCGAUAAUGUCUUUGGGGCCAAGAUCCGAUCUGGUGGUAAAGAAGUCCCCACGCCCUCGAACAGCGCCGGUGCCACUUCUGCUCCUCCCAAGCCCAGCAGGCAAACGGUCAAACAUCCUUUCAAGGCGGUGGCCUCCACCCAUGUAAGGCUGCAGAAACAGUUCCACGUGCCUCAGCACUAGCACUGAAAUUAAAAACACAAUUAGAGCUCCUAGUCAACUAGGGGUCCCAUCAGUAUUCAAGACAAAAUACAAUUUUAAUAAUUUGAUUUGUUUCUUAACCCCAGUUUAAAAAUCGUUCCAUUAUUGUUUUAUCAUUACAUCCUUCAUUUUAUUCUGAACCGUAUAUUUUUUAAGAAAAAUUUUAUUAAAAAUUUAAAUUGGGAAUGACUCCAAGAAAUCAGACCUCUAUCCACUGUUUUCUACUUAAAAAUCGUCCCUUCAAAAACAAAUUAUUAUCCAAUAAAAUGACUUAUCAAAACCUUACAAAUUUUUGUUACUUAUGUUUUGCAUUGGACUGCUUUUCUAAAAUUUGAACCCAUCCAUUUUUAAAGACAUAAAUAUGUCACACAAUUUUUGACAAAAUAAAGUACUAAGUAAGAAGGCCAGACUGGUUAAUGAAUCAGGGUUCUUUUCCCUUCUAAAACUGUCUACGUUUAUCUAGAACUAGCUGACAACGUUGAUUUGCAUACAGUUUUAAUGGACACGGCUCACGAUUUGCAUUAUUUGCCCCAGAUAAACAAGAAUAAAUAUAUGCAUAACAUAACUAAUCAAGCGGAAAUAACACUUUUCUCUCCCCUAUCCCGCAAUAACGCCCUAACUCUUCAGGUGAGGAGACGAAAGCCCGGAACUGGUCGCCUGGUAACGGUUGUUAAAUCGAAGUCCUGAACCCCCAAAUACCAGGGAUUUUACAAUUCUCGAAUUUUUAAUUUAUAAAUAGAAACUAAUCGGCAAUAAUUUAAAAUUAUUGGCCAUUGCUCACAAAGAAUUACGUUACUUAAAUUAUGAUCUUCCCCGAGUGGGCGAAACUUAAAACUAUGCAAUAAACGGAUGAGCAAA